CUUUAUCGCUACACCCGUUAUCUCUUACUGUCUCUCGCAGUUUCUUCCCCUCAGUCAUCUUCCAUGGCUGCCACCGUCUCGCCCUCCAUUUUCGUUACUCGUCUCCCUUCACCAUCUCACAAGAUUAGCAUUCUCCCUUCCUCCUUUCUCCCAGGCUUCGACUCCACACCGAAGAUCUCUUUCCGCCCACUUCUCCACAGAGAGUGCUCCCUUCUUCGCUCUCCGAGGCCUUUCAUCGUCAAAGCCAUGGCCCCUCCAAAGGGAAAAGCCAAGAAGGUGGUGGGUGUGAUCAAGCUCGCUCUUGAUGCGGGGAAGGCCACGCCUGCGCCGCCGGUUGGACCUGCGCUGGGCUCGAAGGGCGUAAAUAUUAUGGCUUUCUGCAAGGAGUACAAUGCCAAGACGGCGGAGAAGGCUGGCUAUGUGAUUCCAGUCGAGAUUACCGUUUACGAUGAUAAGAGUUUUACUUUCGUGUUGAAGACACCGCCGGCCUCAGUUCUUCUCCUCAAGGCCGCAGGAGUGGAGAAAGGUUCGAAGGAGCCCAAGUUGCAGAAAGUGGGGAAAGUAACUAUCGACCAAGUCCGGACCAUAGCGCAGGAGAAACUGCCUGAUUUGAACUGUACAACCAUUGAAGCUGCCAUGAGAAUCAUUGCUGGUACUGCUGCUAACAUGGGAAUCGACAUUGAUCCUCCAUUACUUGAGCCAAAAAAGAAACAGCUUCUUUUAUAGGAAUGUGCACGUGUUUAAAGGUUAUAUUAAGAUGCUGAUGCUGGAGUUUAUCCAAUUUUUUUCAUUUUCAGUCGCAGGAGCUGUCAUUUUGUAUUAUUGCGUCAGGAAAUUAGGCCUGCAAAUGAACUUAGUUGAACGAGCAGGUGCUUGUUCAUAUCUGAGCUUAUUUAUUAACUUGUUUAAGCUUGUUUCAAGCUUUUAUAUUGUGUUCAAACUUGGUUCAUUUGAAGUGAUUGAUGCUCAUAUUUGGUUUGUGUUCGGUUUA